CGGUCGAAAUAAAACAAACAAAUAGGUCGCCAAGGGGGAAAAAUUGUGGAGCAGAACAAUCAUCAAAUCAAUCAAUUCGUCUUCCUUCUCUUUUAGCACAUCUUUCCGAUUCCGCUACAGCCAUGGAAAUCGAGGUACCUUGCUUGUCCCAUGAUACCGAGAACAAAGGAACUCGCAUCGAUUUAGAUAGUAUUCGUGUCAAGCGGAAGACGUUGCAUAAAUUGCUCGAGGAUUGCCAGAAAGCUCUUGAGCUGCUUGACCUUACCGAUACUAGUCCUUCCGGCGGCGGCGAACAGAGUGACCUACUUCACGAGGAGGAGGAGGAAUUGGACAGGGAAGAGUCGUCUUCUUCCGAUCCAGGAGAUCCUGAAGCCGAUAAAUUUUAUGAUCUCAUCAAAUCUAGAGUUGAAUGUAAUGACUUUCGUGAAAGGAUAGAAUUAGCUCAAGUUUCAGUUCCUCAAGACCUUUCUGAAGAUGGUAGCUCUUGGGACGUAGUUAGUGAAGAUGAUGUAUGGGGUGAGGAAUAUUUGGGUCAAACAGAAGAUGAUUAUGUCCUUGUUAGGGAAGAAGAUAUAGCAGACGGUAUCGCGUGUUUCAUGGCUACAUAUUUAUCAUCCCUUAAGCAGACUAAGGAUAUAUCACCUGAUCAGCUUCAGAAAGCACUUAGCACGAUGUUUUCUGUGAAGAAGAGAAAAGGGAAGCUUCGAAAAGCCUGGGAGGGAAGUAAAGUUAUUUACAACGUAGCAUCAUGGAGCGCAACUGCAAUAGGGAUAUAUCAAAACCCGAUGAUCCUGAGUAUCGCAUCAAAAGCCUUCUGGAUGUCGUGCCAGGCUAUAUCAAAGCUUGUCUGAAGUAUAGACACAUCUUACAUGAUUAUCAUAAGUUACAGCAGCCUUGUCUUGGCAAUAUAUGUUAUAUAUAUCAUUCAGUUUAUCUCUGUACAAAUGCAGUUUGUUGCUUCUUCUCUCUCUUUCUGUGAUAUGCUCCUCCCUUUUCCAUUGUAUCCUCAAAAUGCAAUCUUAAUGAUUCGUUUGAUCUCAAUUUGAUAUGCCAGCUUCUUCUGAA